CCUCCCAGCACCAUGCCCUACAACUUCUGCCUGUCCAACAUGAGCUGCCGCUCCACCUGCUCCUCCAGGCCCUGUGUACCUCCCAGCUGCCACAGCUGCACCCUGCCCGGGGCCUGCAACAUCCCUGCCAAUGUGGGCAACUGCAACUGGUUCUGUGAGGGCUCCUUCAAUGGCAGUGAGAAGGAGACCAUGCAGUUCCUGAACGACCGCCUGGCCAGCUACCUGGAGAAGGUGCGGCAGCUGGAGCGGGAGAAUGCAGAACUGGAGAGCCUGAUCCAGGAGAGGUGCCAGCCCCAGGAGCCCCUGCUGUGCCCCAGCUACCAGUCGUACUUCCGGACCAUCGAGGAGCUGCAGCAGAAGAUCCUGUGCGGCAAGUCUGAGAAUGCCAGGCUGGUGGUACAGAUCGACAAUGCCAAGCUGGCUUCAGAUGACUUCAGGACCAAGUAUGAGACGGAACGGUCGCUGCGGCAGCUGGUGGAGGCCGACAUCAACGGGCUGCGUAGAAUCCUGGAUGAGCUGACCCUGUGCAAGUCCGACCUGGAGGCGCAGGUGGAGUCGCUGAAGGAGGAGCUGCUGUACCUGAAGCAGAACCACGAGCAGGAAGUCAAUACCCUGCGCUGCCAGAUCGGAGACCGCCUCAACGUGGAGGUGGAUGCUGCCCCCACCGUGGAUCUCAACCGUGUGCUCAAUGAGACCAGGUGCCAGUACGAGGCUGUGGUGGAGACCAACCGCAGGGAAGUGGAGGAAUGGUUCGCCACACAGACGGAGGAGCUGAACAAGCAGGUGGUGUCCAGCUCAGAGCAGCUGCAGUCCUACCAGGCUGAGAUCAUUGAGCUGAGACGCACGGUCAACGCCCUGGAGAUCGAGCUGCAGGCCCAGCACAACCUGAGGAACUCCCUGGAGAACACGCUGACAGAGAGCGAGGCCCGCUACAGCUCCCAGCUGUCGCAGGUGCAAUGCAUGAUCACCAACGUGGAGUCGCAGCUGGGUGAGAUCCGGGCUGACCUGGAGCGGCAGAACCAGGAGUACCAGGUGCUGCUGGACGUGCGUGCACGGCUGGAGUGUGAGAUCAACACGUACCGGGGCCUGUUGGAGAGCGAGGACUGCAAGCUCCCUAGCAACCCCUGUGCCACCACCAAUGCGUGUGAGAAACCCAUUGGGCCCUGUGUCGCCAACCCCUGUGUGCAGCGUGGUCGGUGUGGGCCUUGCAACACCUUUGGGCGGUAAAGGCCCUGCUGCCAGCUGGAGGAGGAGUCCUAUGAACCCCCAGUGCAGCUCCAGCCCAGCUUCUCCAACAUGACCACACACUGUGGCUGGGGAGUAGAGAUCCUUCCAAGAGUACCAGCUCCCAGGGACAGCUCUCAUAGAGCUCCAACUUCCCUGGCCUUGUCCUUCAGCCCAGACCCUGCAGUCUGCCUUCUGAGUCACACAGAGAAACCCACACCAGGAUCAAGUGACAUCUUUG